CGCGCUCUGUAGACAUUGUGAACGGCCAGGUUCAUUCCGCCUGAACGGAGGAGGCUCCUGCUCAGACGAACACCAGCUCUAUUUUGUCUUUUUUCCCCUUCUUCUCCGGGAUCUAAGCGGCUCUUCAGUCCUUAAGGAAUGCCCAGAGAGCUGACCCAGAACAGGAUCCAAAAGAUCUGGAUUCCCACCAAGGAUGACAAGCCGGCACCCCGGAGAGGAGCUGGCGCCCCCCACUCCGCCAACCCCCCCACAGUCAUCGUGAUGGUGGGUCUUCCGGCUCGAGGCAAGACGUACAUGUCCAAGAAACUCACCCGAUACCUCAACUGGAUAGGCAUGCCCACCAAAGUCUUCAAUGUUGGGGAGUACCGCAGGGAGGCGGUCAAGAACUACAGCUCCUAUGACUUCUUCAAGCCUGAUAACGAGUGUGCCGUGAAAAUCAGGCAGCAAUGUGCCUUAGCAGCCUUGAGGGAUGUCAAGUCCUAUUUGAAGGACGAGGGAGGCCAAGUAGCGGUCUUUGAUGCCACAAACACGACAAGAGAAAGGCGAGAGAUGAUCCUCAAGUUUGGCGCUGAGAACGGCUUCAAGAUCUUUUUCAUCGAGUCUGUGUGUGACGACCCUAACGUCAUCGCGUCGAACAUCAUGGAAGUGAAGGUGUCAUGUCCAGACUACCGGGACUGCAACAAGACUGACGCCAUGUUGGACUUCCAGAGGAGAAUUGAAUGCUACAAAACCAGCUACCAACCUCUGGACCCUGAUCAGCAUGACAGGGACCUCUCCUUCAUCAAGGUGAUAGAUGUGGGUCGGCGUUUCCUCGUCAACCGGAUCCAGGAUCAUAUCCAGAGCAAGAUCGUGUACUACCUGAUGAACAUCCACGUCCAGCCCCGAACCAUCUACCUGUGUCGGCACGGAGAGAGCACCGACAACCUGGAGGGACGGCUGGGCGGCGACGCAGGCCUGUCGCCCCGGGGCAGACAGUUUUCAGCAGCCCUGGCUCGGUUUGUGGAGGAGCAGCAGCUGAAGGAUCUGAAGGUUUGGACCAGCCAGCUGUGUUGCAGCAUCCAGACCGCCGAGCACCUGGGAGUCCCGUAUGAACAGUGGAAGGCUCUCAACGAGAUAGACGCUGGAGUGUGUGAAGAGAUGACGUAUGACGAGGUGAAGGAGAAAUUCCCAGAAGAGUUUGCUUUGAGAGAUGAAGAUAAAUUCUACUAUCGCUACCCUGCCGGAGAGUCCUACCAGGACCUGGUCCAGCGGGUGGAGCCGGUCAUCAUGGAGCUGGAGAGGCAGGAGAACGUCCUGGUUAUCUGCCACCAGGCCGUCAUGCGCUGCCUGCUGGCCUACUUCCUGGAUAAGAGUGCAGAUGAGAUGCCCUACCUGAAGUGUCCCCUCCACACUGUGCUGAAGCUCACCCCGGUCGCCUAUGGGUGCAAAGUGGAGUCCAUCUAUCUGAACGUGGAGGCCGUGAACACCCACAGAGACAGACCAGAGGAGGUGAAGAGGGGUCCCGGCACAUUGAUCCGGAGGAACAGUGUGACUCCUCUGACCAGCCCUGAGUCAAACAUCAAGAAACCUCGCAUCGAUGACCUCGAUGAGGCGCCCAUCCAGGAGCUUCCUCCGUCUGUUGCCUCACUGGCCCUGUGCAGCCCCUCACACCUCCCUCUCGCCCUGGCCGGACAGCACUGGCUGGGCAAAGUUUGCCUGCGAACCGUCCUCCAAUAUCUGAAAGUGGUUUCACUCUUAGUCUUUCAAAGAACCUGAGGAGAAACUCAUCUGGCCGCCAUGACGUCCCGCAGCCCUGCCAGUGAAAUUGCACCGAUGUGUCACGAUGUGGCUCUAGAGUCCAGAGAGUGGAUCACUGACAAAGAAAUUUAUUUUUCAAAAAGCAGCAGCAAAAAUCAGCCUGUCCAAUGUAAAGAAUCAGUUCCUUAGAUGUGGUAUCAGUUUGUCUGCUGAGGACACAAGUUAUUGUACCUUUAAUUGCUCAGAAAGGACUGCUCUCCUAUCAGAUAUUUAUGUUCGAAGAUGUGUCAUCUCAAAGCAAGACUCUUACAUUCACCUUCUUGCUAUUGUUAGACAUUUUCUUUCUCUCUGAGACUGAUGAAUCUGUGUUUUUCUGGGAAACUUUCAAGUGUUUAAUGCAUUCAGACUGAAAGAGGCAAACUGUGACUCAUUGAAAUCACCAGUCAUUCCUGCUGCAUCUCACAGCUCAGAUGGCUGACUCUCUGGGAAACCAGUUUCUUCAUGCCUGGAUAAAACUUUAAGCUCAUCCUUGGUUGCACUGUUAAUUUAACGAGGAGAUAGAAUGGCACUUUUGGUGGAAGCACUUGCUCCAAAAAGAGCGUCAUGAUUUAAUUGACUCCUUUGUACGCUGACACGCUACAAAACAAGCGAUUAUUUUGCACAGUGGGGAUAAAUUUGUACUUUUGUUUGGUUUUUGUGUCACUGUAUGUUUUCCACGUCAUUUUACUUCACAGUAAUGGAGGUGAUUUUUUGCCGUAGAGUGCCUGUAGUGCUUGUUUUGCAAGCCGGACGCCCUCUCUCUUGCUCUUUCCCUGGAAUCGAUUGCUCGAGGAGCGGCACCACAUUUCACCUAAUAACUCCACAUAUCAUUUCAAUAUCUUCACAGGUUGAGUGUUUAUUUUUCAUCGUGUUUAGUUUCAGUGCUACAGCACAUGCUGAUCAGUUCUGUCCACUGAUGGGAAACUUAAUAUUCAAGUUUAUUUUCCUUGAUUCCCUUUUGCUGUCAUUGUCUGCUACGCACAAAUGUAGGCACCUAUAUUUUUAUGAUAACAAUGCGUGCUGUUAAUAAUAUCUCUGUAAAUGUUAGUGUACAUACAGUAUAACUGGAGAUGGAUGACCUGGGUGUCUUUUAAUGAAAAUGUGUGUGUCUAAGUGUUUUUGUACUAAUGUGUUGGGACUGAAUGAAAAGCACAAGCUGUUGAGAAGGAAGCUGUGGCUUCCCUCUCUCUCAGUAAAACUUUUGUUAACAUGUUUGCUCGAGAUACUUGAAAUGGGGAUUUUGUUUUUGUAAAAACAGUUUUAUUAUAUCCUUUAUUUAUUUUUAUGUAGUUUUGGAUGACUGCUCGGAGUGAAGGCACUUUGUUUUAAUCAGAGGACAAUGCAUGAGAGGACAGUAUGUUGUACAGUUGAUUUUGCAUCUGCUGGACCAAUAAAUUCACUCCAGGAAAACA